CAUAAUAAAAUUUUCCGCUAAGUUGAAUACUAAUUAGUAAUUAGUACCUAAUUACUUACGACUACGAGUCAUAAUUCAUUUUAUUUAAAUUUCAUACAUUAAUCGUUUGAUCAUGGCAUCGAAAGUACCAAAAGUGAAAUUUAGCAACGGCUACGACUGCCCCAUAUUAGGUAUCGGUACGUGGAAGUCCAAGGCGGGUGAAGUGACUCAGGCUGUGAAGGAUGCCAUCGACAUCGGCUACCGGCACAUCGACUGCGCGUUCGUGUACGGCAACGAGAAGGAGGUUGGGGAAGCCAUCACCGCCAAGAUCAACGAAGGUGUUGUUAAACGAGAGGACCUGUUCAUCACGUCGAAGCUGUGGAACACGUUCCACAAGCCGGAGCUGGUGCGGGGGGCGCUGCAGCAGUCCCUGGACAACCUCAACAUCAAGUACCUAGACCUCUACCUCAUACACUGGCCGCAAGCUUACAAGGAAGGCGGCGCCUUGUUCCCUGCGGACGCGGACGGCAAGAUCCAGUUCUCCGACGUGGACUACGUGGACACGUGGCGGGCCAUGGAGCCGCUGGUGGAGGCGGGGCUCGUGCGCAGCAUCGGCCUCUCCAACUUCAACUCCAAGCAGAUCGAGCGCGUGCUGGCUGUGGCCAAAGUUAAGCCAGUUGUUAACCAGAUCGAAUGCCACCCGUACCUGAACCAGUCCCGUCUGAUAGCGUUCUGCUCGGAGCGCGGCAUCAAGGUCACGGCGUACUCGCCGCUCGGCUCCCCCGACCGCCCGUGGGCGAAGCCCGGCGACGUCCAGCUCAUGGAAGACCCCAAGAUCAAGGCCAUCGCUGAUAAACUCGGCAAGACCGUCGCGCAGGUCUUGAUCAGGUACCAGAUUGACCGCGGCAACAUCGUGAUCCCGAAGUCUGUGAACAAGGGUCGCAUCGCCAGCAACUUCGACGUGCUGGACUUCCAGCUGUCCCCGCAGGACCUCCAGCUCAUCGACUCCUUCAACUGCAACGGACGCUUCGUGCCGAUGACUGCGUCUCUGGGCCACAAAUACCACCCAUUCGAGAACGAUGAAUUCUAGAUGCUGAAGUAUUUUCAUACAGGAAAUUAAUAUAGGAGUAUAAGUGUUAUUUCAAAAGAAUAACAAGAUCUUGAGCUAAACAAAAUGCUCUAUAAAAUAUCAGAUUGCAAAAAAUGACUGUGAUUAAAGAAAUAGAUAUGUUUUAUAAAAAACGCAUCUAUAUAGUGUAAUAAAUAAUUACCUUACUAA